CCCUCCACUGUGGCAGCCCGCUUGUUCGUCGCUGUGACCCGGCCAAAGCGUUCCACUCCCGUCGGUGCUCUUUCCGGCACCCCGUUCAACAUCACCAACCAGCCAGCGGCGCAGGCCCCGACCUCUUGUCCUUCUGCAACAUCACCUGACUUUGCGCUCGUUGGCCUGCGGUGCCUUAUUUCUCCAGCGCGUUGGCCAGCUUUCCGCGUCUCACCAAGCUCAGCUUCAUUUCACUGCCGACAGUUGGGGACGAUCUGCCCGCCGCCGCUGCCGCCGCCCCUCGUCCUCCUCCAUCCCCGCGGAGCGUCCCGAACCGAGACUCAACGAGCCAGUUUGCGCCGCGUCUGCGGGAGCCUGGUGCGGCCUUGAGACGUCACCUUCAUGGUCGAUUGGGCCGGCGUCUACGAUUCAAAGCCUAAGCCUAUACGAGCCCGGCUCGCGGCUGACGGUCGUACCGUUGUCUAGACGAAUCGCGGUAGUCUGUUAGGUCCUACCGCCCUCCCGAAAGCGCUGUGCUCUUGCUUGCAACACUGUCACGAUGCCCCUCAUCAACGGGCAAAAGAUGGCCUGCGAGCCCUGCAUCCGUGGCCAUCGGUCUACAAAAUGCACACACGCCAACGAGCGGCUGAUGGUUCCUGUUCGCAAACCGGGCCGGCCCUUGAGCUCAUGUCCACACCCGUCGUCUCGCCCUUGCUCGUGCGCUGCCGUCACGGCAGCCAUCCCGCGGAAGCAAAAGUGUCGCUGUGGGACGUCGGACGCCGCGCCGGCCGAGGUGAAAGGCGACCAGGAUGUUACCAGCCGCGACCUCACUCCACCGAGCCCGUCCAAAGCUGCGAGCGCGGCUUUCCGCGUUCAGAAGCAGGGCUCAAGAGGCGCGUCGAGCAGAAAGCAGUCCAUCGACGUUGCAGGUCUAGAAAGGAUGGACGCAAGCCAAAUUAACAUUUUGUCCGCGUAUGCUGCUGGCAUGCAACGUCCUGCGACAGGAUCCAACGGCCAGACGACACCGAUAGCAGAGGUACCCAUGUACGCUGGCUUGGGGUUGAGCCCUGUGGAGGGAUCAUUCAGUUCUGAUCACGGCAUGUAUCCCGUAUUUCAGUAUCCGAUGCAGUCGCCCAUGGUGGGCCCAGCUGCCUCCAACUCGGCACCUAACGGCCACGUUGGAGGAGCGACUAUGAGCAGGCCGGCCACUUCGAACGGAACUUCCACAAACGGUGGUGGAUGCUGCGGCGGUGGCGCGAACGACAUCAAGUCGGAGCCUGCACCCCAGCAGAUGGCGUCUCAACUAUCGACUGCGAACGACAUGGAGACCACCAAGACCAAGAGCUGUUGCUCAGCACCCCAAGCUGCUCCGAGGACUGCAUCGCCGCCACCUUCAUCCUUGUCCUCGCCACCACUCAACCACCCAGCGCAAUUCAACGGCAUUAUGAUGCAGGCGUACCAGCCUCUGAUGGCCAUGCCCAAUAGCAUGUACCCAUACUUCUCUCAGCCCACGAUAUUCAACUAUCCGCCGCAGUUUGGGUCGUUCCUUCAACCCUUGCAGCCCGAUCAAUGGAGGCAACUUAUGGCUACGAUGAACGUGGGGCAGUCCGUGGCAUCGAACGGCCUCGCGUUACCCACGGCUGGGGCUGUUCAACCCCCCAGCGUGCCCAACAGCGCGUCGUGGACAUCCCACCAGUGCAGCUGCGGCGACUCUUGCCAGUGCAUAGGGUGUGCGGCGCAUCCUUACAACGAGGCCACGCAAAACUACGUCCGCUCGGCGUGGAACACUAUGAUGGAUGAUGGGCAAAAAAUGCAGGCCCAUCAUGGCGGGCAUGUGAACCAUACAAACGGCCACCACGAGCGCUCGGGCAGUCGGGCCUCCAACGGAAUUGCAACGCCAGUCACGGCACAAGCAGACGGCACAAUCUCGCCUCCGGCACCUCAAACGCCAUCAGACGCACCGUCAGGUGGUAGCGAGGAACAGACGCUUUCAGCACACGACUUCUUCUUCGUAUCGUACCCAUUCGGGGAGGCUUGCGCCGGCGAAACUUCCAGCUGUCCGUGCGGCGAUGAUUGCCAGUGCAUCGGAUGCGUGAUCCACAAUAAUCCCGGUCCCGGGGAGACGAGAGAACAUGCAUCUCUGUGAUGCGCUGGACGCUGGUCACUGACUCAUUGUGCACAUGGGCGUGAACGAGCAAGAUCUAGACCUGGAUCGGGUGAAGUGGAAGAUUUCUGGCAAGAUGCCAUUGCAUAUGGUGGUCAUAGCAGCGACAGCGUCGGGCGGCGACGGCUUGAAGGCGCAUGUGCCGAACGAUACCCCAGCGCAGUGGUCAGUAGAUGUAGACGAGCAACAUGACUUGCCACCUACGGCAGAUGACAUGGACGGAAAUAAUCCCACUCAAGGAGACAUAUCUCGCCGUGCGUGAGAGGCUGACGGGUUGAUGCCAAGGUGAAGCGAGACGUGAACCGUGGGAGCAUAUGAUUAUUCGAAGCGCUCGGUGAACCUCAAAGGAACGCUUAGUUGACGGUCGAAUGAAUGCAAGAGACUCUGAAAGAGCAGCCAGAUCUUAUCAGUGUCAAGGCGUAACUACAACAAUAA